AUGGAUCCGGGGCAGCCUGACAACAAACGCCCCCGUCUCUCGACCGCCAACCACCCGUGGUCACCGACUGGCGCACCGCACAAUCAUCUACCUCCUCUGCAUCCGCCUUCGCUACCUCCGACGCCUCACCAGGCUCACCCGCCUCAUCACUCGGCACCGCCGCCUCCUGUCCCGCCAUAUCAUCAACAGCAGCAGCCGCCGCCAUAUCCUCCUCGCUCAGCCGAGCCUCAUCACCCUCCUCACCCGGCCCAGCAACAUCCCGACGAGCGACGACACCAUGAGCAAGAGCCUCCGUACACGCCGAUGCAGGAACACUAUCGACACCCGGCCUCGCCCUCACCUGCGCAUCCGUCCUACAACCCUUUCCCUCCGCGAGACCCAGGUAGCGUGAAGAGAGAACCCCACGACGAGAACCUCUCCCAUCCUCGACGGCCACAUUCGACAGGAGGCGCGCCGUCUGAAGGCCUGCCGCCGCCGGGCCCUCAUCCGCCGCCUCACUCUGCCCCGCCCCCGGUACCUCCAUACAACGACGAUCCACGACGACCACCGCAUAUGAGCUACGAUAACGCGCCGCCGCAGAUGCAGCCCCCCACGCCGGGGGGCUACAGGAGCAGCUACCCUCCUCCGAUUCCUCCACAGCCUCCUCAGCAUUACGAGCAGCCUCAGUAUCCUCCUCAACAGCCCGCUCCCGAGAGCCUCUAUAUUUCAUCAUAUGCCUCCACACAGAAGCGGAAGGCUACACGCGCGUCUCAGGCUUGCGACAGCUGUCGGCAGUUGAAGGCGAAAUGCGACGAAACUAAGCCCUGCAAGAGUUGUAGGGAAAAAGGAGUUGAAUGCAAAUACCGUGAUCCCGUGCCAAAAGCGAUCGACAAGUCGCAGACCGACAUUCUGGAGGCAAUCGUAGAUAUGAAGGGCUCUCUCGAGAAAAAGAUUGAAACGCUGUUUGAUUCGUUCGAGCAAAGAAUUGCACGCCUGGAACAUGCGCCCCCGUACAAGCAGGUCAAGCUUGAAGCCGAUGCCUCGGCGACAACACCGUCUCCCCCGAGAAAACACCUAUCGCCCCGAAGCCACCAGCAAUCAGGACAGGAGCUUACCCAUGACGAAGCCAUGCCCAUGGCUGUGGGAGAUACGGACAUCGCGUAUCACGAGCAAGAAGACCGCAUGGAAGCCGAUGAGCCUGAGGAUGAGUUGCCUCCAGGUCCAGCUGUGGCACCUGAAGCACCGUCGAUUCCCAUGAACCAUACCACGACGAAAGGACAUUUGCUGCAGUGGCCUAUGAUCAAGGAAAUGACCCGCAAGGCUCUGAAAGAAAAUGGCGUCAAGUUCAUUGAGGAAUAUCCUUGGGUUCGGGAAGAGAAGCGCGGUUUACUCCGCCUUUUCGGGCGCGGCGAGGGCAACGGCAAUAUUUUUGGAUCGAGCAGCGCAAACCCCAGAUCUGAGCACGAUGCGUAUACCGACACCGCCGACGACUACUUGGGAGAAGCAGUUGCCGCGCCUUCUCCAGGCGAGGCUUGGGGCCAAGUCGGCAGUCUCAGCCCGCCAAACUUGACAUACACGAGCAGUACGCUCACACCAGAGGGUCACCCUGACUACACUGAGGCCAAGGUUUGGGGUUAUGUAAAAUCCUUUGAGGAGAAGAUCCUAUCCAUGCACCCGGUCAUCAUGCCAAGCGACCUUAGGCCCAUCGUCAGACGAUUCUUGGAGAACGUGGCCCAGGGCGAAAAGAGAGGGAAGCCACCACACCCGGGAACCGCAAAGUUUGCGGUGACGCAUGAACCGACCAACAAGCGGAAACGCUCCCCCAGUGGCGAAGAGCCCGAACCAGUCCAGCAACCCCGGAAGCUGGGCAGGCCUCACAGGACUAUCGACGCUGCUAUGGUCUUGGUCGUCCUGGCUCUGGGAAAGGUCGCGCAGUGGACUGACAAGAUCCCGGAUCCCAUCCCAGAUCCGGCUAGUAAUUCACACAACUCCCCGAUGAACAGGAAUGGCCAUCCGUCUUCCCCUGGACCCGGCGGCCAUGGCUCGCCUCCGGCGCAUUCUAUUCACUCUCAGUCUUCGGGCUUGCCAUCACCAAAGGAGCAAAACAACGGGCUCCCGAGCCGGCGGCCGUCCGUGCAAGGCAAUGGCGCAAAGCCCAUGAGCCAGUCCUUCAAGCGGAACUACGAUGUCAUUCCGGGUCUCGAGUAUUUUGCUGUUGCAAGCGAUAUUCUGGGUCAGCACCGCUCCGGCUACACACUGAAGCACUGCCAGACCUUCCUACUGGCUGGUCUCUACUACGGACAACUCGGUAGGACGUUGGAGAGUUACCGAUUCUAUAUUGAUGCCGACGUUGCCCUGCACACGAUCAUGCGCCGUGAUCAGGAGCGCUUGAGGUUGGCCGCGGAAAAUCCCCUUGGACACCCGCCAUUGACCAGGCGUGAGAACAUGAUUGUCAUUAACUUUUGGACUUGUCUCCAGCUGCAAAGUGAUAUCAUUGCCGAAAUGCCGGUUUACCCAUCAAAUCUAACUCGCUUCGAAUACGCUGUGCCCUGGCCCUUGAUGCAUCAGUUCAGCGACAUCGAGUUCCCGGAAGCGGUUUUAUCGAACUACAUGGCACAAUUGUACCUACGAAAGCGACUGAACGCGCUGCAUAAAUUACUAUUUGAGGGAAUCGACACGGCCAUGGACAAGAUGCACUCUGCAUUGGAGAUUUUGAGCGAGCUGCGAGCAAUGGGCUGGAUCCAGGAGGGCCUCAGGUUCACCGAAGACCAACCUCCGGCGGGUACGCUGAUGGAGGCCAGACUACACGCCAAGUACUGGGGAGCUCAGGUCGUCAUCUUCCAACCGUUCAUCAAGCUGGUGCUUGAUCUCUCAUGGAAGAUGCAGCAGCGAACUGAUGGAGCAACACCAAACUCUGACACUACCAGCGGCUUGGGCGUUUUCACUCAGGGCGACGCCGCUGCAUACAUCGGACAAGGUGGCAUCGAUAACUACAAGGACGUCAACGACGAUGUUAUCAACUUUGCCGAGCAAGGCAUCAAUGCUCUCAUCAAGAGUACCGAAGCUUUCCACAACGUGGAUCAUGACCGGCUUCACGUAACCAAUAUCUUUGGCACCGCCCAUGCACAAUGGGGAAAUCUCUUGGUCUUGGCUGCGGCCUACCGAGAUCCUAUUCUUGGCAAAUACAUCAACCGCGGGCACCUGCAAGCUUUGUUCAAGCGAACGACGAAGAUGCUGGGUAUGCAUGCUCACGUGAACAGCACGUUGUUGACGGAUAAGAACAUCCUUGAGAGCAUCGAGAGGGACCUCUUCCGCCACGACGUGGAGGACCCGAGAAUGACCACCAGCUUCUCAAGCGCGGCGAGCAUGACGGGCCCGUCCGUCCCGCCACCGACGAGCCACCCGGAAACGAAUCACCAGGGCCCAAUGUCCAUGGCAUAUGCGAUGGGGCCCAGCCGCAGCGUGCACAACUCCCCCAACCAGGCAUACCGCGUUCUGGACAGUCGCGCACCGAACCACGGCUACCAAUCACAACCGGCGCCAAUGUAA